AGAAAGAUUUCAACUUGAUUCUUCGCUCGUCUCUCUCAAAACUUCUUCUGGAAAGAAAAAGGAAAAAAAAAAAAAAAUACCGCGACCAAAAUAAAUCCGAGAUCUCAAAAACUCAAGCCUCCAUCUUCGUCCUGCAAUGGCGAGGAGCUCACGAAACCCUAGAUCCUUUCCAAGCCGCAGAUCGUCGCCCUACACUCUAAUCUUCGCCGGUCUCCUCACCCUCUCGAUGUUUCUCUUGAUUCUCCUCGCUCUCGGGAUCUUCUCGCUUCCGAUUAGCUCCGAUAACGCUCCGAAAGAUGAAGUUGAUCAUAGACGACAGCAUAGAUCGGUGGUUGAAACGGAUGGGAUGGGGGUGAGAGGGAAACAGUGGACGGAGAUCUUGUCGUGGCAGCCUAGGGCGUUUGUUUACCAUAAUUUCCUGUCCAAGGAGGAAUGUGAGUAUUUAAUCAAACUAGCUGAGCCUCAUAUGACAAAGUCAACUGUUGUGGAUAGCAGUACAGGAAAGAGUAAAGACAGCAGAGUGCGGACAAGCUCAGGCAUGUUUCUCCCAAGAGGUCGGGACAAAGUAAUUAAGGCAAUCGAGAAAAGGAUUGCUGAUUUUACCUUUAUACCUGUAGAGCAUGGAGAGGGGCUCCAGAUUCUACAUUAUGAAGUUGGACAGAAGUAUGAACCUCACUUUGAUUAUUUUCUUGAUGAAUUCAACACAAAAAAUGGGGGACAGCGAAUUGCUACAGUUCUGAUGUAUCUUUCUGAUGUGGAAGAGGGUGGUGAGACAAUCUUCCCCUCUGCAAAUGUGAACAGCAGUUCUCUGCCAUGGUACAAUGAGCUAUCAGAAUGCGGCAAGAGGGGUCUUUCUGUUAAACCAAAAAUGGGAGAUGCGUUGCUUUUCUGGAGUAUGAAGCCUGAUGCUACUCUAGAUCCGUUAAGUUUGCACGGUGGAUGCCCUGUGAUUAAGGGGAAUAAGUGGUCAUCUACAAAAUGGAUGCAUGUGAAUGAGUACAAAGUUUAACUUAUCAAACUAAGUUUGGUUUUUUCGCAGGUUAAAAAAUCAGUUUCAUGUAGCUAAUACCACUGGCGCUUCUUUGAGCAAACAAUCCCUCAACACCCUGACUGCAUAUUGAAUUAUUUACCUUCUGGAUGCUGUAAACUUUUGACGAUUGGAAUAAAAGGUGGUUAUUUUGUGAUUAGAAGCUAACUUUGUAUAGAAUCGGAAACUGGUUGUGGUAUUUGCUGCUGCGUACGUUUCUUCACGCACCAUAUUUGUGCUCAUUAAGGCUGGAGGAAAGAGGAAUAGGUCGUGCGUAGAGUUUUAGAUGUCUUGAAGCCAAAGAAAACAGUAUCAGUUGAUAUAGAGUUUUAGAGUAUGUUGUUAUUUCAGAAGAUUGAUUGUUAUUUAUUUGUUUUCCCCUCUUAUACGGAUGGAAAUACUAUAUUACGAUGUCAUUUUCUUUUAAUGGAUUCAGGUUACAAAGAUAUUCAUAAAGUUUUGUUUUAAUGAAAUGUAUCUCGGAUUGAAUUCAGUAAGUUGGGUGUAAAUGCGUCAACAAGACUAUAAUCUUGAAGAAAAGAGAAGAGUAUUAUGUUCA